AGAAAAGGAACCUGUUCGUUAUGCCAACCUCAUGUAUGACAGGAGAGUGGUGCGAGGCAAUACUUAUGCCCUUCAGAUCAUACCUAAGAGUGCCCAACCCAGUCCCCUUGAGAUUCAAAGGCAGAGGGAAGCACGGAAAAGAGCACUGGCCAGAAAACAUGCAAAAGAGCAAAUCCAACUAAGAACACCUGAGCCUGUGGAAGGCAAAGAGCACGCUCACGUGCAGACAGAACUGUAUUUGGAGGAAAUUAGUGACCAGAUAAUAGAGGUUGACACAGAGUGUCAAACAGAUGCAUUUUUGGAUAGACCAGCCACUCCACUCUUCAUACCAGCCAAAACGGGAAAAGAUGUGGCCACGCAAAUAGAAGAAGGAGAGUUGUUUGACUUUGAUGUUGAAGUCAAGCCAAUCCUGGAAGUGCUGGUUGGGAAAACGCUGGAGCAAGCUCUGCUGGAAGUGAUGGAGGAAGAGGAGCUGGCCCAGCUGCGGGCACAGCAGCGUGCCUACGCAGAGCUGCGUAACGCAGAGCUUGCUGAAGUACAGCGCCUGGAGGAGCGGGACAGGAGGUACAGAGAGGAGAAGGAACGUCGCAAACUCCAGCACAUGCAGAUGCUGCAGAAACAGAAAGAGACCACAGAGAAAAUUGCAGCUCGGGCAUUUGCUCAGCGUUACUUGGCUGAUCUUAUUCCCUCUGUCUUCAACAACCUGCGUGAGAGUGGAUUUUUUUAUGACCCUAUAGAAAGAGAUAUUGAAACAGAAUUCCUUCCGUGGCUGAUGGCAGAAGUGGAAGAAACACUAGGGAAGAAGGUUCUGGGGAGGACAGUGCUUGACUCCUUGAUUCGUUCAGUGGUUGAAAAACGCUUAGAUGCAUUUAGUGAUCAACCGCUGUCUGGUCAGUCAGAGGUACCUGCUGAAGAACCCAGGCCAACAGAUGUAGCACCUGAGGUGGCCGGUGAGACAGGUGCUGAUGACCAACCAGAUGCUGUGGACCAACCAUUCAUAGAGAAAGAAGAGACUGACCAACCAGAUGCUGCAGACCAACCAUUCAUAGAGAAAGAAGAGAACCACCCAGAGGCGGGGGACCAACCAUUCAGAGAGAAAGAAGAGACUGACCAACCAGAUGCUGCAGACCAACCAUUCAUAGAGAAAGAAGAGACUGACCAACCAGAUGCUGCAGACCAACCAUUCAUAGAGAAAGAAGAGACUGACCAACCAGAUGCUGCAGACCAACCAUUCAUAGAGAAAGAAGAGACUGACCAGUCUGUUCCUGAGAAACCACCUUCACGUCACAUCACUUUCCAGACAGAAGAAUCAGAUCAAGAAGGAAUGGAGGAUUUGGAAACUGAGUAA